UGAAACAAUGUAUUUUAGCCAUUGAUUUGUGGCAACAAACCCUAAAUCCUGUUGAAGACCAACUUGAGAAAGUAGAGAUUCUCGAUCUCAAAUGUUGAGAAGAAAACCCACAAAAAUCCAACUCAAAAUCGAAGACCGCGAAGAGCUUGAACAAUCCCGCAAAUCAGAACAACCCAACGCAACCGCAACCGCAACCGCCUCCUCCCUCCUCCACCUCAUCGACCCUAAACGCCAAAACCCUUCCUCCAAAUCCGACCGCAUCGGCCUUUCCUCUUCCUAAGAGGCCCCAUGGAAGUCGAAGUCAAGCUCCGCCUCCUCACCGCCGCCGCUCACCUCCGCCUCACCACUCUCCUCACUCCCUUCCACCUCAAAACCCUCCACCAGCGCAACCUCUUCUUCGACACGCCCCAGAACGACCUCUCCCUCCGCCGCGCCGUCCUCCGCCUCCGCUUCCUCCAAAACACAUCGCAGCGCUGUGUCCUCUCUCUGAAGGCGAAACCGACGCUGGCCAACGGGAUCAGCCGCGUGGAGGAAGACGAAGAGGAGAUCGACGCCGGAUUGGGUGGAGAGUGCGUGGAUUCGCCGUGGAAGCUGUCGGAUCUUGUGGGAUCUAGGGUUUUGAAGAGGGUCAGAGAGGAGUACGGGUUUAAGGAUUUUCAGGGGUUUGUUUGUUUGGGCGGGUUCGAGAAUGUGAGGAAUGUGUAUCACUGGAGAGGCGUGACACUCGAGGUUGAUGAGACUAAGUUUGAUUUCGGCAAUUGCUAUGAGAUUGAAUGCGAGACCGAGGAGCCCGAACGUGCCAAGUCUAUGAUCGAAGAGUUCCUUUCUCUCAACAAUAUCGAGUUUAAGGAUUCGGAUAUCACCAAGUUUGCUGUUUUCCGUUCGGGAAACCUUCCUUGACAGAUUGAUGGUGGAGUACCUAAGACUGAAGGAAUGGUGCAUUUAAUAAUGUUUAUGAGUUCACGGAGUGUCUAAGAUUGAAGAAAUGGUGCAUCUAAUAAUGUUUACUAUUUGAAUUCGAUGAUCUCUGUUUACACUAUUUCUUAUGGCCAUUUGCAUCGCAUCUUGUUUGCUAUAUAUAUUUGCUGAAAUCC